AUGGCGGCAGAAAAAAUCCUGUCCAUUGCGGAUCUUGAAAGAACAGCUUCUAAAAUUCUACCAACAGCCUCUCGAGAUUUCUUCAACUCUGGCGCGACUAACCAGGUUACUGUUCAUGAAAAUUCCUCUGCCUAUCAGAAGUACAGAAUACUUCCUCGCGUCUUGAAGGAUGUGUCCCAAGUCAACACUAAGGUCAGCUUGUUCGACCGGGACCUCGCAUUCCCACUCUGCGUCUCGCCCGUCGGACUGCAAGGCAUGGCCCACGCAGACGGAGAAUUAGCGACGAGCAGAGCCUGCGCCAAAGCAGGCAUCAAUAUGGGCAUUUCUUCAUAUGCCAAUCAUUCCGUUGAACAAAUCACCGCAGCAGGUAAAGAGAUCGGACCGAUCUAUCAUGUCAUGCAGCUAUACUCGAUGACAGACCGUGAAAAGGAAGCGCGGAUCGUCCACCGCGCAGAAGCAGCAGGCUGCAAGGCCAUUUUCCUAACAGCGGACAGUCCGGUCUUGGGCGUGCGAUACAACGAAUGGCGGAAUGGAUUCCUGCCGCCAGCCGGACUCGACAAUCCCAUGAUUGAGAAGUCGUCCGAGCAGAUCCAGAUGAUGUCGCAUGAUGAUGGGUUCUCGUCGUUCAAUUCGGACUCGCACUCGUGGAUGCGGGAGAUCCCUUGGUUGCGGAGUAUCACCAAUAUGGAGAUUUGGAUUAAGGGAGUACUCACGCCUGAGGAUGUUGAAACUGCUAUUGAAUAUGGGUGUGAUGGCGUUAUAAUUAGCAACCACGGUGGACGGCAGCUCGAUGAAACACCCGCGACUAUCGAUGUUCUCCCAGCGUGUGCAAAGGCCGCGCGUGGUCGCAUUCGGAUUCAUAUCGAUGGUGGGAUUCGGACUGGUAGCGACAUUUUCAAGGCUCUGGCGUUGGGCGCUGAGUGCUGUUGGGUUGGUCGUCCGAUGCUUUGGGGGCUGGCGUAUAACGGCCAGAAAGGCGUUGAGUUGAUGCUCGACAUACUAUACCAGGAAUUCAAGCGGUGCAUGCAGCUGGCGGGUUGCAAGUCGAUCUCCGAGAUCAGCACCUCGAGCCUGGGGGUUGUUCGCUCCGAUGGGCCACUGGCAAGAUUGUAG